AUGCUGCCACCACGGUGUCACACCAGCCCCAAGCCUUGGGGACAGCAGCUGGGGAGGUUCCCAGCCCCACCCGUGCCAGAACGCCUGGCAGCGCUGGAGGGCAGGGUGCCAGUGCCGCCCCAGGCACCCCACGGCGCAGGGAGCCCCGUUCGGGCCGGGCCGGGCGGGCGGGAGCUGGCCCGGGAGCAGCCGCUGGGGCUGUCCGCGGAAGGUGCUGCAGGGCAGCGGGGAGCCAGCGUGGGCAGCCCUGCCUGCCAGCCUCCUGCCCCCUGCCCGCCAGCCCCUUGCACCCUGCCAUCCCCUGCCUGGAGCCCCCUGCCCCCUGCCAGCCCCUGCCCCUCCGCCUCCACGCACCUGGCCCGGUACCCCCGCGGUGGCUCCGGCGGCUCCCGGCCCAGCCCGGCCCGGCCCGCGCAGGGUGCCCGAGUGCCCGCGGGUGCCCGCACGGAGGCUCGGUCCCGCGAGUGUCCCCCACCCCCGCCACAGCGCCACGCUCACCCACCGCCCCCGCGGGGCCGCUCCGUCGCGCAGCGCUCCGAGCCGCUCCGUGCCGAGCCGUGCCGGGCGCAGGCGGUGCCGGCGCGCACCGGCCCCCGGCGCUCCCGCCCCUUUAUGGAGGGCGGCCCGGAGCUCGGUCCGGGGGGAGCGGAGCGGCGCGGCCCCCGCCCAGCCCGGCCUCCCAAAGGGCUUUUCCCACCCGCUGCCCUGAGAGGGAAGCACGGAAGGAAAGCGGCUCCUCGGGCUCUUCCCGCUGGAGCACCACCCGGGCUGCCCCGCGGCCGCACGGCGUGCAGCGGCUCCGGGAUGGGCGUGAAGCCGGAGGGGGCUGGACACCCGGGAACGGCUGCUGCUGGAUUUGCCACCGAGACCUCCGUGAGGGGCUGA